AUGGCCGCUAUCGGAGGUGAUGAACAAUCUACGCCGACCAUGGCUGAAUCUCCUAAUCAGCCAAUUGUUGACACUAGUAUUCCUUUUUACAUGCAUACCUCCGAUAAUCCGGGAAUAGCACUAGUUCCUGUUUCAUUUGAUGGAUUUGAUUAUCACUCAUGGAGAAGAGGUGUGAUGAGAGCCCUAUCAGUAAAAAAUAAACUAAGCUUCAUUAAUGGGGAUUGUAAGAGGCCUGAUCCAGACUCCUCAAGCUAUCAAUUGUGGGAGAGAUGUGAUGAUAUGGUGACUUCAUGGAUUUUGAAUUCCUUGGCAAAGGAAAUUGCAGAUAGUGUUGAGUAUGUGACAGAUGCAAUCGAGUUGUGGAAAGAACUUGAAGAUCGAUAUGAUCAAACAAAUGGAACAAAACUUUACCAGAUUCAAAAGGAGAUUAAUGAUUUGUCCCAAGGAGCUCUGGACAUCACUGGCCACUAUACAAAAAUGAAAAGGCUAUGGGAAGAACUUAAUACUCUGAUUGCUAGAUCUCAUUGCACCUGUAAUUGCACAUGUGGGGCAAGGGAAAGUAUGCACAAAGCAGAACAGGACAGAAGGCUAAUACAGUUCCUUAUAGGACUAAAUGAGACCUACAUUGUGGUCCGAGGCAGCAUCCUUAUGAAGAAUCCUCGUCCCAUAAUUGCACAAGCUUUCUCACUGCUGAUCCAAGAGGAAAGACAAGAGAGAAAUUAA